UUUUCGCUAACAUCCAAACCAAGAAAAGUUUCCAGACACUGAGAGACGAGCAUGAAGCUCUAAAAAGAAAUCUCACAGAGAGACGCUGUAAUGUAAAACCAUGCAACACGGUGCAGCAAACAUGCCCACAACCUCCUGCAAUAAAAAUAAAUGAAGCGAUAUGUGAAGAAGGCUGGGAGCAACAUGGAGGAAAGUGCUAUUAUUUCUCCAACAAUAGUUCACCCUGGGAAAAUAGCAGAGAGGAUUGUCGACAACAAGGAGGAGACCUGGUUAAGAUAGACAGCAGAGAGGAGCAGACAUUCCUGGAGCUGAAAGUGAGAGAAAAAAUGAUAUUUGAGGACAGGUUCUGGAUUGGACUGACAGACUCAAAGGAAGAGGGCACAUGGUUGUGGGUGGACGGCUCUCCACUGUACACAAGUUCAUCUUUUUGGAGCGGUGUUGAGCCAGACAACUGGACAGAGGAAGAUCCUGAUGGGGAGGACUGUGCGAGGAUGGGGGAGACAGCAAGACAUCUUUGGUGUUGGUUUGAUAAAUCCUGCAAAGUGCCUCACAGACGAAUUUGUGAGAAACAAGCAGAAACUGGGAACUAAUGUCUGAAAUGUAGUUCAGUUUAGGUCUCACUCAGCCUGUUAAACAAUCUCAGAACAGGAUACAGAAUGUGGAGCAGUGGAGCAAUGUUAAAGAAAACAAAACUGAACAAUAAACAUAGUUCAAAGACCAUGCUGUUUCUUGAAUGUUCUCAAUAAUUAUGGAGAAGAUAAUAUGUAAAAGGUAACAAGUGUUGGAGGGAAUAUUCAGAUCCUUCAUUAUGUACCAAUACACUGUUCCAAGUGUAGCUACAACUUCAGUUCAAGCAAACGCUACGUGCUUAAUAGUUUUAGUGCUUUACCUUGCUGUGAGACAGCCAUGUCUUGUGUUGAGAAAAUGUAGUUCCAAAGGAAAUGGUGGUCUGAAGGUAAAACAGCACAAUGCUACACCAACAAAACUACAAAAUAGCUUUUGUACUAUAGAAAGUGUCUAUAGGAAGAGGAAGGUGAAAUUUGUUUUAGUAAAACCCCUCAAACAUUAACUGACCACAAGGGGCAGCAUCUCUACAUUUGACCUUAAAUACAGACAAAACCAGUCAAAAUGAACCCCAGAGGACACAAAAAACCUUAAUGAACCAUCAUGUUGUUUAAGAGGAUUCAUAUUAAUAAGACUCCUCUGUUCACGUC